UUUAAAUAAAAUUGAUAAACCAUUAGCUAUUUUGGAAUAAUUUGAUAACCACUAGUUGAGUUUUGAUAAAGAAAUAAAUAGCGAAUUGUUAUUAUCAAUGCCCGGGUGUAUAUUGCAUUUGAAUGACAGGCACUUUAUAACAUGGUGGUUCUCAAACAAAUUUUGAAAAAAAAAAUUUUUAACAACAAACAAAAGAGUUUAGUUUAAAUCAAUAGGUUAACAUGGACACAGGAACUAUUUUUCAACCUUUAGCUGCAAAAUAUCAUUAUGUGGGCAUUUUAAUUGAAAGAAAAUGGAAUGAUUUCUUAAAUUUAGUGGGAGAUGAUCCCCAAACAGUGUGGAUUUUUGGCACCACUUUGGUAUUCAUGUUGGUCUAUUGGUUAAAUGCCAGUUGGUAUACAUUUAUGGACAUUACAAAUAGACCGAAAUUUAUUAGAAAAUUUAAAAUACAACCGGGUAAAAAUGAGCCAGUCAAUAAAAAGAAAUUAAUAUCGGCCAUUUUGAAUGUUCUAAUGAAUCAAACUUUAGUCGGCAUACCCAUGUACUUUAUACUCUAUCAUACGCUCUUCAAAAUACGCUGCACCUCACCCUUGCGCGAACUGCCAUCUCUAACCAAGAUUUUAUUGGACAUUGUUGUGGUUUCCCUACUGGAGGAAUUCUAUUUUUAUUAUAUACAUCGUGCCAUGCAUCACAAAUCGAUUUAUAAAUAUGUCCAUAAAAAACAUCACGAAUGGACGGCUCCCAUUGCAGCCAUUACUUUCUAUUGUCAUCCUUUGGAGCAUAUUUUCCUCAAUUUGAUACCGGUAUCCACUUCAUUUGCUUUAAUGCGUUCGCAUGUGUUUACUGUUUGGCUAUUUUUGAGUCUGGCCAUUCUAAAUUCAAUGGCCGAUCAUUGCGGCUAUUCGUUUCCGAAUUCGGGCGACUCAAUACGUUAUCAUGAUUAUCAUCAUUCAAAAUUCAAUUUUAAUUAUGGAAUGUUUGGCUGGUUGGAUAAAUUACAUGGCACUUACAGGGAAACCAAAGUAAUGGAGACUAAAACUUCAAAAUCUACGAAUAUAAAUGUAAAAAAUGUAAAGAGUUUACAGACUGCUAAUAAAAAGAAAUUUAAAUAAAUAUUUUCAAUAUGU